UAACGCACUCUUACUCACAAUGUCGCUCCGUUUGCUCAGGCCAGCCCUCCGUGCGCGUGCACCCCUCGCCAUUGCGCGGGCUCCCGUCGCCGCGCCUCGCUUCCGCGCAUACUCCACCGAACCAGGCCAGCCGGCUAAGGAGAGCGAUUCCGUUCGCGCCUCGAACCGUGCCGCUAACGAAGCUGCUGUUGGGCCAUUCACAUGGAAGGCCGCGGGUGUGUUUGUUGUCGUUGGCGUCGGGCUCUACUUUUACUUUACGAACGAGAAGGCCAAGGUGCUUGAGCGCAGACGGAAGGAGCUCGAGACCAAGUCGGUUGGCCGCCCAAGCAUUGGCGGACCGUUCGUGCUGACCGACCACCACGGCAAGGACUUUACGGAGAAGGACUUGCUGGGCAAGUGGACGCUCAUCUACUUUGGCUUCACGCACUGCCCGGACAUUUGCCCUGAGGAGCUUGACAAGAUGGCGGCCGUUGUGGACCAGAUUGACAAGGAGAAGGGGCCAAUCACUCUUCCUGUGUUUGUGAGCGUCGACCCGGCCCGCGACUCGGUCAAGCAGGUCGCCAACUACGUGGCCGAGUUCCACCCCCGCCUCGUCGGCCUUACUGGCGACUACGACAGCGUGAAGCGCGCAUGCAAGAGCUACCGCGUGUACUUUUCGACGCCGCCCGACGCCAAGGCGACAGAUGACUACUUGGUGGACCACAGCAUCUUCUUCUACCUGAUGGACCCCCUUGGUCAGUUCGUCGACGCUUUCGGCAAGAACACAACGGCCGAAGAGGUGACGGAAAAGGUCCGGGAGGCGAUGGGCAAGUGGGAGGCGGCUGGGGGCAACAAGGCGGCCGGCGUGUAGCACGUCUCUGUCUUUUGCACAUUAGAGGACGCGGCGAGGGAGGCCGGUCUAGACUGUAGUCAUAUGCAUCACUCACUCCAUCUCCA